CUCGCAGCCGCUCACACACAGACUGCUCGCUGGGCAGCCGCCCUCCCUCUCGCCCUCCUUUCCCCUUCCCCUCUCAGCGACCGCGUCCACACUGCGCCGCCCGGGCAGCCCAGAGCGCGGCGUGCACUGACACCGGCGCCCGGGGCCGCCACCUCCGCGCUCCCCGCGCCCGGGUACGCAGCUGGCCGCCGUCCAAGCUCGCCCCGGUGCUCCCCUGACUGCACCCGCCGGUAGCAAUUAACCAGCAUCUCGGGCCGGCCCUAGACACAUCCCCUGCCGCAGGGCGAGGAUGAGCAGGGCAGGCGAAGCACAAAGUCGCAACUUAACUUUCUGAAAAACAUUAUUUGCGCAUGAAUGUGUGCAGCGGGGAGCAGGAGCUGAUGCCGAGGGUCCAGCCACCCCCCUUCUGCCUCCUCCUCCUCCUGCCGCCGCUGCCCUCGCAGACGCGCGCGCACACACAGCACUUGGGCCGGGUUUCCGCGCUCCGUCCCCCGGCUUGGAUGGGAGUUUUCCUUUCCGAAGGAGGCAGAGCCCGAGGAGCGCGCUGAAGGGCUGGAGACCGAGCUGCUCCGCGCCAGCGCCAGCGCUAGACGUCUGCUGUCACUCGUACCGGCCGGCCCGGGGAAGCCACACGCACGCCGAGCUUUGUUGUGGAAAUCCUGGUUACCUGACUUGAGUACAAACUGUGGAGGCCAGAGGAGACUUGGACAUCACCUGCGAUGAGAAAUCGUAGUGCCUUUAGGGAUUUUGCUGAAGACCUCACUUCUAGUCCUCGCAGAACCAGGACAAACCCUUAAGCGGUCCAUUUCCCAGUUCGGCUUAUAACCCACACCAUGGAUAACUUAUUGGACUUUGCCUGAAAGGAGUCAUUAGUGCCAUUGGAUAUUUGACCAUCUUGGCCACAGGUUUUUCAGGAUGAAUGGAAGGUCACGCAGCAUGAGUCUUCACCAUAUGUCGGGAACCCCACAGGGGCCUGGGAUGCUCAGUGGCCAACAUAUUCCUCCCAUCCGAACCCACUCGGGGACUCCUGGCCCCUCGUCUUGUGGCAACACACCAAGCCCCGCUAUUGGAAGCCUUUCUAACAGCCUGCAUCGCAAGAUGCCCUUGGGAGGAGGGAUGGCUCUUCAGCACAGUAUGGCUGAGAGCCCCAUCCAUCUGCCCGCUCUGAGCCCCAGGAGACAAGUUUUCACCAGUGAGAAGCCAAGAUUCCAGGUCACCCAGCCUGGAGGCAUGUCAGGGACCCAUUCUUUAAAGCCAAAGCAGCAAGAGUUUGGAAGUCCUUUUCCUCCAAAUCCUGGGAAAGGGGCUCUUGGCUUUGGGCCUCAGUGCAAGUCCAUUGGAAAAGGCAGCUGCAACAAUCUAGUGGUCACCAGCAGUCCCAUGAUGGUUCAGCGACUGGGACCCAUUUCACCUCCAGCAAGCCAGGUCUCUACAGCAUGCAACCAGAUCAGUCCUAGCUUACAGAGGGCAAUGAAUGCAGCCAACCUGAAUAUACCUCCUUCAGAUACCAGACCAGAAAUUCUUGGAGGUAAUUGUCAUUUUGUUCACUGUGUCCACAAAGCUCAGAGGAGGCCAAGGGGGCUGAGAAGGACUCUAGGCUCUUUGUCCCUUAUUUCUCGGGAGUCUCUUGCAUCCACGACUUUGAGCCUGACCGAGAGUCAGUCGGCCUUGAGCGUGAAACAAGAGUGGUCUCAGGGCUACAAGACUGUUCCUUUGCUUUCUUCCAACCACGGCUCUCAAAAUGGCACAGAUCUAGGGGACCUCCUUGGCCUUCCUCCGGGGACUCCCAUGUCCAGCAGUAGUGCCUCUAAUACAUUGCCACCCUACUUUUUUGGCAUGGAAAAUAGCCACACUUCUUCCUAUCCCAGUCCCCGGCACUCCUCCGCCAGGUCACACUCGGCCCGCUCCAAGAAGAGAGCGCUGUCCUUGUCCCCACUGUCGGAUGGCAUCGGGAUAGACUUCAAUACCAUCAUCCGCACCUCGCCUACGUCUUUGGUUGCCUACAUCAACGGGUCAAGGGCUUCGCCGGCCAACAUGUCCCCGCAGCCAGAGGUGUACGGGCAUUUUCUGGGUGUACGCGGCAGCUGCAUCCCCCAGCCCUGCGCGGUGCCUGGCGGGCAGAAGGGCAUGCUGGUGGCCGGCGGGGGCCUGGCGCUCCCGGCCUAUAGCGAGGAUGGCGCGCUGGAGUACGAGCGCAUGCAGCAGCUGGAGCACUGCAGCCUCCAGCCCGGGCAGGUCAACAACAUGGUGGUGCAGCAUGGGUUGCGGGGCGCCGAUGGCCAGCCGACCAGCAUGCUCAAGACCGAGCGCCUGGAGGAGUUCCCAGACAGUGCCCUGGACCUACCCACUGCGCCCCCUCUUCCUCCUCUGCCACCACCCCAAGGCCCACCCCCUCCCUACCAUGCCCACCCGCGCCUUCACCACCCAGAGCUCGUGGGCCAUGCCAAACCCCUGGCUCUGCCCCAGGCCACCAUGGAUGAAGAAGGGGAUAUGGACGAUGUCGGCGGCAAGCAUUGCUGUCGUUGGAUAGACUGUAGUGCCUUGUAUGACCAGCAGGAGGAACUUGUGCGGCACAUCGAGAAGGUGCACAUAGACCAGCGCAAGGGGGAAGACUUCACUUGCUUCUGGGCUGGCUGUCCUCGAAGGUAUAAACCCUUCAACGCCCGCUACAAACUGUUGAUCCACAUGAGAGUCCACUCCGGGGAGAAGCCCAACAAGUGUACGUUUGAAGGUUGCAAGAAGGCCUUUUCCAGGCUCGAGAAUCUCAAGAUUCAUUUGCGAAGCCACACAGGCGAGAAGCCCUACCUGUGCCAGCACCCAGGCUGUCAGAAGGCGUUCAGCAACUCCAGUGACCGUGCCAAACACCAGAGGACACAUCUGGACACUAAACCUUACGCUUGUCAAAUUCCAGGAUGUACCAAACGCUAUACAGACCCGAGUUCCCUAAGAAAGCAUGUGAAGGCACAUUCUUCCAAAGACCAACAAGCAAGGAAAAAGCUGCGGUCCAGCACAGAGCUCCACCCAGACCUGCUCACAGAUUGCCUCACUGUGCAACCCCUGCAGACGGCCGCGUCCCCAAGGGAAACUGCUGCUGAUACCACCCUGGGACGGUCUCCAGGGCCAGGGCCAGAUCUCUAUUCAGCUCCCAUUUUCUCCAGUAAUCACUCGAGCCGAAGUGGAACAGCUGCUGGGGCCGGGCCACCCCCACAUCUUGUCAGUCACCCUUCUCCAGGACAUAAUGUACAGGGGAGCCCCCACAACCCCUCCUCCCAGUUACCUCCACUCACAGCUGUGGACGCAGGAGCUGAGAGGUUUGCUCCUUCUGCUCCAUCUCCUCACCACAUCAGCCCCCGGAGAGUUCCAGCUCCUUCCUCAAUACUGCAGAGAACACAACCUCCUCAUACCCAGCAGCCGUCAGGACCACACCUGAAGUCCUAUCAGCCAGAGACAAACUCUUCUUUUCAACCAAAUGGUAUCCACGUCCAUGGAUUUUAUGGACAGCUGCAGACAUUCUGCCCCCCACAUUACCCAGAAUCCCAGAGAAGCAUGCCACCUGGCAGCUCCUGCAACAUGGUGCCUUCCUUCGAGGACUGCCUAGUCCCCACAUCUAUGGGCCAGGCUGGUUUUGAUGUUUUCCACAGAGCCUUCUCAACUCACUCAGGCAUUACAGUAUAUGAUUUGCCUUCGGCUUCCUCCAGCCUCUUUGGGGAGUCUGUUCGCAGUGGGCCUGAGGAUACCACGUUCUUACAGAUCAGUGCUGUGGACCGCUGUCCUAGCCAGCUUUCCUCCGUCUAUACCGAAGGCUAAAAGCUCCACUGACCUCUGCUGAACACCCAGAAUCUUUUAGUUGCUUGCUGCUUUUGUUUUCAACCAUCACAGGCUGCGUGAAGAAGGGUGUUACCAAAUCAGUGAAACCUGCAAUGUCACUGUGUUUUGGGAAAGCAGGACUGAAUGGUCAGAACUGGCUUUGCAGGAAUAUUUGCACUUGCUCCUUUUUCUCGCUGGAUUUGCUGGACCAGGUGACCAGCAUGACUGUCUUUUCAAAGGGAUGAUAGAGUCUCACUUUACUGGAUACCUGUUACUUCCUGGCUGUCAACCCUCAAAGGACACCGAUGAAAGGAUGUGGAUAUUAAAAUGUGGUUUGGGGACAACCCUUGCUGAAAACUCCAAAGAGAGAAGAGCCCAGUUACUGGAGCACAGUGAGCUGCCUCUCCCAACUCCAGAUGGUGCAAAGCCAAGCGUACUGAGGGAAAUCCAUGUCCAAAGCAUAGCGUGUUCUCAGCUCUCAGAAAUUCCUGGGUUUCCUGCCUUCUCUUAGAUGUCAUCAUGCCAACCAAUUACAGUCAGUGUUCCCACACUGACAGAAGGUUUUUUGUUGUAUCAACCUACUUUACUUUUUUCAUUUUAGAGACUUGUUACUUACAUCUGCUUUAAAAGGAAAAAAAAAAUCACACUUAAGGUUUGGUUCUUUGGGCAGAAAUCAUGACCAUUUUAGUCACCCUAGCUAUAUACAUUUUUUGAUACCUGUGACUCUGCUUGGCCUGAUCUCUGGAAUGUUAGUUCUGCCAUUCGCAAAGCUAUCUGAGGGUAACAGGGUAAGCAGUCACAUGUACAUGCAUGUGCAUACACACACACACACACACACACACACACACACACACACACUCCUCCCUGUACCCAGGGCUGCAGCAGGAACCCUCAUGGAUUGACUUCUCAGUGACUCUGCUUUGAAAAUGUUGUUCAUAGGAAAAGACCAUUUGAAGUGUUUGCCCACUGCUUUCUCUCUGGCACUCCACCUAAGAAGUUCUGGGAGAUACGGGGACAGGGACACGUGGCAGGUCAUAUGUGUGGGUUCCAACAGAAAACCAACCCCAGGAUGCUCAGCAUCCGUUACUUUGCACAGCCGCUGCCCAGCUCCUUCAGGGUAUCCACUCAUCUGUCUGUCUUGCCCUGAUGGUCUCCCUCCUUGUUUUCACUUCCUCUCAGCAUCUCAUUGAUUGAAUUAGUGUCCUGGUAUCAACUCUAGGGAAAGUAUAGGGAAUGGUUCACAGAAAGUGGGCUGAAGAAUGACACCAUUUUUUCUGAAACUGGUUAGAAGGCCUGGAAUUUUUCACAGUAUUUGACCAUUUUAUAUCAAGCCUAAAGAAGUCAUUUCUGUUGACAGGUUAAAAGAUCAAAGGUCUUGUGUCCUAGGGUAAAAGGAAUAAAACUUGGCCAAUGCCCCUAUCAGUUCCAGCAUUCUGAUGCACUCACAUUUCAUAGCUUCUUUUCUCUCUUUUAAAGAUAUUUUUUCUGAACAAUUGUACUUAUCAAAUUGAGAUAAUUACAAUAUUCAGCAAGACAGUUAAACAGCUUGGUGUCAGACUUGGGGUCCUGUGACAGUUUGUUUUGUGACAGAUGGGUCCUUCUAGUCUGGCUCCAAAAUCAGAAAUGUUCCACCUUAUUCCCAUGUUCAUUCAGUGAGCAGUAGAACGAGGGGAAUGAGGGGCUCAGUGUGGAUUUCAUUUUUAUAGUACACUGAGUUGAUCUAGCUUUCUUGCCUCGUAGGCUGUGUUUUAGGGAAAGCUGUAAUGCAACUUUCCAUGUCUGCGAAAGAUCUGAAUUAACGUAACACAAAUCUGCUCUGCUUUACAGAAGGAAGCACACCAGGCUGGCUUCCUUGACAAGUGAGCUCUGAGGCUGUGUGUAAAGUACCACCGUUCUCGCAGACAUUCUGGGUUGUGUUACUUGACCUAAGCAAGGGCACAUGCUAACACUGGCUCAGUCAGUAGCAUGUAUUACAUGUCCUUUGUCACAUGCUAGAAAGAAAGGAAGGUUGUUGUCUUUAGAGACUGUCCGUUCUUAACUACUGACACUGUAACAAGCAACUCAAAAUACAUCUCAUUGGUGUGAGGAGGAGAAAACCAUGAAAAGGCAUGGUUGUCACUGCAGUUGAAGUUGUCACCCCUGCCUGUGGCUUCUUAGAUAAAGUGGAAAGUAGAAAGGAGAACAGAGCAAGAAACUGAACCGCAGAAACCUAGGAUGUCAUCUCCCCCUGUGGGUAAGAGGAGAUGCUUGUGAGCCAGGCUGCUCCUUCCUUGCCUCACCUGGCCUGCAGAGAUCCGAGGAGGAGUCAUGUGUCCGUGGCACCUCCAGUACAGAAUUUCAAGGCCCAGCCCCGAGACAUGCUCAUUGUCAGGGGGCUCCUCACAGGGCUGAUGCCACAGGUUUGUGAUUAGGACCUCAAGGCAAGAUGCAUUCCCAUUCCUUCCAACUCCAAAAGCUAUCCUUAAGUUCCAGAAUUUCUCUGACAUUCAAAUGUGUCCCUUGCUGACUUCUUCAUUACAGAAGAUCUGUGUGUCUUACUAUUUUGCAGCAGUAAACGUGAAACUUCGAAAGAUCAUUCCCUCUCAUUUCCUGACCUUUUUAGUCUUGACAUGUAGCCAUUUUCAUUUAAACAAAGAUUGCCAUUCUUCUUUAAAAAGAAACAAACAAAUAAAAUCAAAAUUCCAGGAGCUUGUGAAAACACACAGCCCCAAGCCAAUUAUCCUGUUACAUUAAAAAUAAAGUCAGUAUACCCAGGGGACAUUUAAUUUGCUACAUUGUCUUUAAUUCCCUAAAGAGACUACAUGAAGAUGUCAGUUGUAAUUUAGCCUCUGAUCACCAUUUAAAUAUUUACUGGUCCAAUGAUGUAUCUUCUGUGCCCUUGUUUCCCUCAGAUUACCUAGGUGAUCCUAAAACAGAGAAAGAGGCCAUUAGCAGAUCACAGCGUAGUUUCCACUGAUAAUAACGUGUUGGUUUUGUUCAGGUGUUUUAAAAUUACUAGCUGUCAAGCACACUAGUAGACUAAUACCGGUUUUGAACAGGGACAACUGUUCAACUCCCCAUCAGUGAACCUUGCCUUUCCAGCCACCUUGAAGUGUUGGGAAUAGUGACUGUAACUGUUCAGUUUGUUUGGUGUUUUAUUUGACUGUUUUAUCAUGUUGUUUUGUAGCCGCAUUUCUUAAUGGCACUUUUUGUUGGUGGUGUGGAAUUUCUGCAGUUUUUUUGUAAAGAAAAAAAAAGAAAGAAAGAAAAACCAAACUCAUUGGAGAAAUGGUGAGUGUAAAAAAGAAGAGAUUUAUUUUGUACAGACAGCGAAGCAUCCUGUGUAAUGUUGCUGACAUAAAGCGUUUGGGGGGGUGGAAAUCUGUUUCCCAUAAAUCACACAGGCUUUUGUACAUACUUCUAUACACUCACGUAGAGCAAUGAACUGCAUAUAUCAUACUGGAUAUGGGGCCCAUUUUCCUCUGGAGGCACAUCUGGUGCUUAUUGUCAUAAAUCUUUUAAAGAAUUAGGUACACUUUUUUCUAUUAAUAUGUAUAGUUUUGUGAUUUGUCACAGUUAUGUUUCAUAUAAUCAUAAGUUAUUUUGUCUUGUUUCAUGAAGUUCUUUUUUAUGUCAAAGUGAAAUGAAGGGAUUGUGCACUUGGUACAGAAUAAAACUGGAACUACAGGAUACGCCCUCCUGCCUGCAGUCCUUCGGCAUGUCACUUUAAGACACGACGGCCAGCCAUUGUUUGUUUGUUUGUUUGAUUAUUUUGUUUUGUUUUGCCAUCAGCCUCCUAUGUAUUGGGGAUGGUAAUUAUAAUUAAAAGCAGAUGGGGGAUGGGUCCAAGGCCAGCUUUAAAAUGCCUCAUUGCUUUGGGCCAGAGCUGCAGCCUGGAUUUAAUUAUAGAUAUGAAGACGAAAUGGCAGUAAAAAUGAAUGUCUCCCUGAAUCCUUUACAUGUUGGGAGUGUCCAUAAAUAAAACAUGAAGCUUUAUUUCAUCAGAUUUAAUUAAAGCUUUUAUACAUGUUUUA